AUGUUGAUUCUCGAUCCUCUCGCUUUAGCAAGAAGUUCAAGCAAUUCGUUGCUAAGAUUAGGAAACAAGCCAGCAAUUAACCUCGCACGAAUUGUUUUCGAGAUUCCCGACGACACGUGUUCCGCUCGUAAAGAUCUAGACGAUGAGGAGAUGCUAAGCGUAUUGGAGCGGUGCUAUAACGUGUUGCAUGGUCGGCGGAAUUCGACAGCGGUUUCCGCCGCCUCCAACUCCUCGACUUCGACGCAAAUGAGUCUGAGUAGUUCUAUUAUCACUAAACACACGAAGAAGUACGUUUUUGAUUCGAUCAAGAUGCGACUGACGAAGUUGGAUCAUAGUUUGUACGACGUGAUUUGGCCGAGUGUGAAAAAACUGCCGGCGGAAAUGAGUUUCAGAGUCGCUCUUGAGCAGGAUUUUCCAUCCGGGCUCGUGGCGCCGGAUGUUUACGUGUAUAAAGUCUUCGGGGACUACAUGGAACCGAUUAUUAAGGACUACAACUCGAUUGAUGUUCACCACGAGCUCGGGGUACACCCACAGUCGAAAUUUUCGCACCAAGACGACGAGAAAAUCAUCGAAAUGGAGUACGAUUUAGAUCCACAGACGCGGUGGAUUAUUUCAGGUACACUCGACUGCAGUAGAAACCUUAGCGACUUCGAACUGCCGAAGUCACUCAGCGUUAGUCAAUUAGAGACGGUGGAGAGGUUAGUAACGACGGUUCUACUAGGCAAUGAUGUCGCUCGAGCUCUGUAUCCUAACGCGUCUGAAGACGAUUUAGUCGAAGGGUGUGGGGUCUACUACACCAUGAACGAAGUACUUGAGGAACCUUCAGAGGCCCGCGUUGUCUUAGCAUCCAAUGGACUUUUAAUCCCGUUGUGGAACAUCCCGGAGUCGGAUCGGUUGCAUGGGAAACAUUGGCCCUAUGGUCGUGGUGUGUUCCUGAGUAAUGGUAACAACCUAGCGGUGUGGAUUAACGUCCUGGAUCAUGUGCGCAUAGUGACUUGUACGCCUCACACGAAACCCGGAAAUGUGGGUUUAAUUUACUCCCGAAUAGCCCGUCUGAUCGCAGUUCUGGAUAAACACCUAGAGUUUAAGCGGGAUGAUCGCUUGGGUUAUCUUUCGGCUAGACCCACCGUCGUCGGUAAUACGUUCCAGUUCAACUUCACCCUCCGAUUCCCCAACUUGAUUAAAGAACCGGAUAAUCUGAGGCAUUUGUGUUUCGUUCGAGGGUUGAGUUUCUACCGGAAAACCAACACGAGUGACGUGGUGCGCAUCGGUAACCAACAGUGUCUAGGAAUCACCGAGAUUCAGUGCUUCGAGGACUUCACCACCGCCUUCGUCAAUAUCUUGCAACUAGAGAAAGAUAUGGCCGUGUCGAACUCGCUGCACAUAGCAGCCGCUUUUGUUAACAUAUUCCGAAAAAAGAAAUCUUUAGCGAAUUUGGAAUGA